CUCACAAUAUGGCAGCACUGCUGUACGACCGGUUUAGUGAUUUUCUGUUAGUAUAUCGUGCGUGCAAUUGUCUGACUUGAAAGCAAGUUUUUAAUUCGAAAAAUUUAUUAUUUUUACAUGUAUCUUUAUUAAAUUCUUAUAUAUUAUUAUAAGAAUUGUAUUUCGAUGGAAGAAGGUUCAUUUGGCAGUUUUUUUCGUCCAUUGAACAAGGUUUGAAAAAUUAAAAACGUCUGCGAAGUUCUGUGAGAAUUGCUGAAACUGAAAACUACACAGUUAGAUUUUAACUUACGCUCUACAACAUGAAAACUUCACGACAUAAAAAAGUUCGGAAAAACCUUGGAUUUUAUAUAAACAACUACAAGUUUCGUCAACCAUUUCAAGUUCUUAUUGACGGUACAUUUGCAUUUGCUGCAUUGCAGAACAAGUUCAACAUACAAGAACAGCUUACAAAGUAUUUCAAAUGUGAAGUAAAGCUGCUGACAACACCAUGCAUCAUUUCUGAGACUGAGAAACUUGGUAUAUUUUCUUCAGCAGUGAGUGGAGCCAUGCAAAUAGUAAAGCAGUAUGCUGUACACAGGUGUGAACAUACAAGGAAACCAAUAAGUGGUUCAAAGUGUUUACGAUCAAUGAUCGGGGAAAAUAAUAAUUCCAGAUACAUUGUUGCCACGCAAGAUCGAGAGCUUCAAGAAGAGUUAAGAAUAAUUCCAGGAGUUCCUGUACUUUAUCUGCAUGGAAAAGUACCUACACUGGAAUCUCCUUCAGAGGCAAGCCGCAGACACGCCGAGACUUUGCAGAAACAAUUGGGUAUGACUACAUGGGAAAAGGAAACUGUAAAGGAAUUGCGGAAGCAUGCAGGUAUGACGGAAGAGAAUGUUCAAUUGAAAAAGAGGAAGAAAAAGGGAGGCCCGAAUCCGUUGAGUUGCUUGAAGAAGAAGAAACCACAAGCGACAGCGUCGAAUCAGACCGCUACGAAAUCUGGUAAAGUCAGAAAAAAGAAAAAGAUUAAGAUAGCGUCGCAUGUCAAAGAAGCUUUGAUAACGGAACUGAAGAAUAAACGCGAGGCAUCGAGCAACGCAUGAAUCGCGCGCAUUUUGUGGAAAUGCGAUACCUUUUGUACAUAGGGUACAGUACUUUUUGUUGAUUAAGAAGAAUAAAGUAUUUAUUUAAA